GCUAGGAUCCUCACAAACCGACUUUAGUUGUUCCAGCUUAAACGUCUUUUUGCCUCUUCGAUUAGUAAUUGUACGAAAAGUUAUUUUCAAAUCAUUCACAUCGUUCUUUACUUUUAACACCGACUUUUAAUCGACAGAAUUAAUUUUAUAUCUCUGUUUAGUCAAAUCUGUUACUUUUUAUAUAAAAGGAUCAUUAAAAUCCUGUUUUAUAAAUUAUAAAACAAUUAAAAUGACGACAGACAAAUCAGGAAUUUUGUACUUGUUCGAUCGGCCGGCUGAACCGGUCUACGUGCCCAAGGGUGAGAAGAAAGUCGCCUUUGAUAUCCCAGCUGACUACUUGCCGGAGAAAUAUCAAUCACUGGGCCCUCAAGUGUUCAGUCGCUUUGACGACAGUACGGAUUCGAAGCUACAGGUGAAGCAAAUUACGCUUCCGGAUCUGACCAUUCCUAUGCAACUGGAUCGGCGUCAACCAUUCUCGCUUUUCAUUCCUCAACACCGAAAAAUAGCUGCCCGGCUCAUCGAUAUUUUCAUGGGCAUGCGAACCUACGAGGAUUUUCUGUCCGUCGCGGUUUACUGCCGUGACCGAGUGAACCCGAAUUUGUUUAUAUACGCCCUGUCAGUGGCAAUCCUUCAUCGACCGGACACGAAAGAUUUACCGAUACCACCGUUAACUGAGGUGUUUCCGGAUAAGUAUCUGGAUAGAGGGAUUUUCUCCAGAGCCAGGGAGGAGGCCAACAUCGUGCCCGAAGGCUCCAGGAUACCGAUUGAAAUACCAAAGGAUUAUACCGCGACGGACCUCGACGAGGAGCAUCGCGUUGCCUACUGGCGAGAGGACGUCGGUAUUAAUCUCCAUCACUGGCACUGGCAUUUGGUAUACCCGUUCGAGGGCGACGUUUCAAUUGUGAACAAAGACCGUAGAGGAGAGCUGUUUUACUACAUGCAUCAACAGGUCAUGGCUAGAUACAACUGCGAGCGUCUGUGUAACCGAUUAGGGCGCGUGAAGCGGUUCAUCAACUGGCGCGAACCGAUUCCGGAAGCUUAUUUCCCGAAACUAGACUCUCUGGUCGCGAGCAGAACGUGGCCGGCCAGACCCACCGGCGCUGUACUGGGGGACGUCAACCGACAAGUGGACGAAUUGGACUUUGACAUUCAGGAUUUAGAACGUUGGCGGGACAGGAUCUACGAGGCGAUCCACACUGGCUCGGUGAUCAACACCAGAGGCGAGAGGAUCCCAUUAACAGAGAAAGAUGGAAUAAAUGUUUUGGGAAAUAUCUUGGAAUCUAGUAUUCUGUCUCCUAACCAGAACGUCUACGGCGAUUUGCAUAACUUUGGUCACGUGGCUAUCUCAUACGUGCAUGAUCCGGAUCACCGUUACUUGGAGUCGUUCGGAGUGAUGGGAGAUAAUGCGACUGCAAUGAGGGAUCCUAUAUUUUACAGAUGGCACGCUUUCGUCGACGACAUAUUCCAGGAGCAUAAGAACACAUUGCCGCAGUACACUGUAGAACAAUUGGAUUUCCCUGGUGUCGAGAUAUCUGAUAUCAAAUUGACUACUAAUAAUCAACGUAACGUCUUAAACACGUUCUGGACGAAGAGCGACGUGGACCUGUCGCGUGGGCUUGAUUUCACGCCACGCGGUGCGGUCCUCGCUCGAUUCACUCAUCUGAAUCACGCCGAUUUCCUGUACACGAUCGUCGUCAAUAAUCGUAACAAUCAAUCGCGCAGAGGCACUGUUCGCAUCUUUAUCGGUCCUAAGGAAGACGAACGCGGUUUACCGUUUACGUACAGACAACAGAAGAAUUUAAUGAUUGAAAUGGACAAAUUCCCUGUCACGCUUCGGCCGGGUGAGAAUAAAAUCGAGCGGAGAUCGACGCAAUCGUCGGUGACGAUUCCUUUCGAGAGGACCUUCCGUAAUUUAGACGAAAACAGGCCUAUAAGCGGUGACUCUCUCGUGUCGUUCGAUUUCUGCGGCUGCGGAUGGCCACAGCAUAUGCUCGUACCGAAAGGAAACAAGGAGGGCUUCCGCAUGGAACUGUUCGUCAUGAUUUCUGAUUAUACCGGCGACGCAGUCGAACAAGACGAACCGACCGGCUGCAAGGACGCGAUAAGUUUCUGUGGACUGAGAGACAGAAAAUAUCCUGACGCACGUCCCAUGGGCUAUCCGUUCGAUCGUCAACCGCGCGCGGGUGUCGAAACUUUAGCACAGUUUCUUACGGGCAACAUGGCAGUGGGCGAGGUCACGGUUCGAUUCUCGGAUACGAUCGUGCCCAGGUCCAGAUCCGGAAGCACGGGGAACACGCUUACUUUCAUGUAACGAUAACGACUACGAUAUCUACACACGGUUUUAUGAUGAUGUAACAACGUUUCGCUUUUAUCUCUUUAAUUGAAUAAAUAAAACAGCAACGA